UCAAGAAACCCUCCAUAGCUAUCCCCAAUUUUCUUUCCUUUACCUCUUUCUUCCUCCGCUCUCCUCACUUUGGUUCCACUUUCUCGUCAAAUAAAAUGGCUUCCUCAUCGGCGCUCUGCCUCGGUACCUUUGGACCGGAGAGGAGAUGGAUCUUGAAGCACUUUUCCGUGUCUUUCUACUGAGCUUUCUUUCCUGGGAUCCACAGAUGGGCAAGACGGUUGGGGUAGGUCAUAGGAGGCACAAACUGUAUUUUCUGGAAUAUCUUCACCUUCCAGAGUCCAUACGUCCACGUUCUCUUGUUGGUUCUCUUCGUUCGUCAAAACCCUCAACCUCGCUUCCUGCCAAUUUAUGGCAUAGACGACUUGGUCAUGUGUCUAAUAAAAGGCUAAAGAGUCUUAUUCAGUCUGGAGUACUUGGUCCUGUAUCAUCUAGUUCUAGUAUUGAGUCAUGUACUUAUUGCAAAUUAGCUAAAUUCACUGCUUUACCAUUUAAAAUGAAUACAUCCAGCACUUCUCUCCAUAAUCUUGUAAAGCACUUCUCUUCACUUUGUGAUGCACUUCUCAUCUCAAUCUUGUUGACGUAUAUAAUCACCAACAUUUCUUAA